GCGUGUAAUCUUCCAAGUUGCUAAGAAUGAGAGUUGAAGCGCGGAUGUCGUCGGUUGAGUAAAGCAAGUGAAAUAGCCACACGGUCGUUUGAUCGAAGUUUAAUGGAAAAUACUGAUCUGCACCUCUCUGAUGAGCCCAUGACGGGAAUGCUGGACACGGACUCUCCCAACAGUGGUGACUCCCCCGCCAUGGAGGGAGCUGGAGACGGCUUCUUGCCUGACCUUCCUGUCCUCACCCAUGCUACUGAAUGGUCUUUGGACCAGGUUCCUCCAGACACUCUCACCACAAUCUUGCCCGAGGACCCAGAUCUGCCUCAGGAUGCUAUGGAGCAACACCAUCCAAACCAGCAACUGAAUUCCACUGAGCUGGGUCCAGUGGAGCAGUUCCAGCUUGCCGGUGCUCGGCUGUUCCAAGAGGAGCAGCCGCCACUGCCUCCCCAACACACCGAGGAGGCCCAGCAGCCACCCAUGCCUGACACAAUAUUGACCCCCGAGCCCCUGGAGGAGAGCCAGAAGAUGGCUGUAGAGCCACAGGCUACAGAACAAAAUGUUGUCGAAGGUGACAUAGUGGUAAAGCAGAUUGCAGAAGAUGGCAUGGAGUUUGAGGAUGUGUCCAAGGAGGAGCCACAGGAGCCAGCCCCUCCUGCAGAGCCAGAGCUCCCCACUGAGUUUGAAAAGCUCUUUAAAGGCUGUGAGGAGAACCCAGAAGACUUCAAUGGUUGGGUCUACUUGCUGCAGUAUGUGGAGCAAGAGAACAACCUUGUUGGGGUGAGAAAGGCAUUUGAUGUGUUUUUCCUCCGCUAUCCCUAUUGCUAUGGCUACUGGAAGAAAUAUGCAGACAUAGAAAAGAAGCAUGGCAACAUACAGGUUGCAGAAGAGGUGUACAGACGAGGCUUGCAGGCUAUCCCUCUCAGUGUGGACCUUUGGCUGCAUUACCUGACCUUCAUCAAAGAGAAUGCAGACCCUAGCGACCCGGAAACAGAGGGGCGCAUUCGAGCUGCUUAUGAACACGCAGUGCUUGCAGCGGGUACAGACUUUCGCUCUGACCGGCUCUGGGAGGCCUACACAAACUGGGAGACAGAGCAGCAGAAAUUGGCUAAUGUCACUGCCAUCUAUGACCGAAUCUUGGGCAUCCCAACCCAACUGUAUUCACAGCACUUCCAGAGGUUUAAAGACCAUGUGCAGAACAACAACCCUAAAUACUUCCUGUCUGAAGAGGAGUUUGUUCAGCUGAGGGUGGAACUCUCCAAAGCCAGCACAGCAGCUGCAGUUGGUGAGGAUGAAGAGAUGCCUGCUCCUGAGGAAGAGCUACCCCCUGGUACAGAGGACCUGCUGGACCCUGCCAAGAGGGUGACAGAGAUUGAGAAUAUGCGCCACAAGGUGAUUGAGGCCCGGCAGGAAUUAUUCAACCACAAUGAACAUGAAGUCAGCAAGCGCUGGGCAUUUGAGGAGGGGAUUAAGAGACCCUACUUCCAUGUCAAAGCCCUAGAGAAGACCCAGCUGAACAACUGGAAGGAAUACUUGGACUUUGAGAUUGAAAAUGGGACACCUGAGCGAGUGGUCGUUCUCUUUGAGCGAUGCCUCAUCGCAUGUGCGCUCUAUGAAGAUUUCUGGAUCAAGUAUGCAAAAUAUUUAGAAGGCUACAGCAUCGAGGGUGUGAGACAUGUCUAUAAGAAAGCGUGCACCAUUCAUUUGCCCAAGAAACCAGCCAUCCACCUGCUGUGGGCAGCCUUUGAGGAGCAGCAGGGUAACGUUGAGGAGGCUCGAGGCAUCCUUAAAGAGCUGGAGGAGGCAGUCCCGUCCUUGGCCAUGGUUCGCCUGCGUAGGGUCAGCCUUGAGCGUCGCCAUGGUAACCUGGAGGAGGCAGAGGCUCUGCUGAGGGAAGCCAUGGCGUCUGCGAAGAAUGUGAGCGAGACAUCAUUCUAUGCUGUGAAACUGGCUAGGCAGCUGCUGAAGGUGCAGAGGAGCCUCAGCAAGGCCAGGAAGGUGCUGCUGGAUGCCAUAGAGAAGGACCAGACAAGUCCAAAGCUUUAUCUGAACCUACUUGAACUGGAGUACAGUGGAGACGUACAGCAGAACGAGGUGGACAUCUUGGCAUGCUUUGACCGAGCCCUGAACAGCUCACUUCCUCUUGAGUCCCGCCUCCUCUUCUCCCAGCGCAAGGUUGAGUUCCUUGAGGACUUUGGUGAUGAUAUCAAUGUGCUUGUGAAGGCAUAUGAGGAACAUCAGAAACUUAAGAAGGAGAAUGAGUCAACAAAGAGGAAAGCGGAGAAUGGCUCACAAGAACCAGACAGUAAGAGGCAGCGUGUGGAUGACAGCUCAUCAGGCACAGGACAGAUGAUGCCAGACAUGCAGGCCAACAACUCUGCAUACAAUUACAGCUGGUACCAGCAACAGUACAACAAUUGGGGACAAAACUCUUGGGGGCAGUAUAACCAGUAUGCCCAGUAUAAUCAAUACUACCCGCCUCCUCCUACAUGAUGGACAGAAUACAUACGUGAAGAUGAUGGUGAAGAAAACAUCCCUCUUCCUGCCUAAACCUGAUUGAGAUGUCCUAUGUUUGAUCAUUGUUAUAUUGUUUCCAGACCAAUAACGGCUAUGUUCAUCAUCUCCCUUUGACUGACUGCUUUUGUGUCUUUAAUGCAUGUUUGUUGAAGUGCGAAUUUAUUUUCCAUCUGUCAACUCAUGAGUUGGCUGGUUUAGUUUGAUCUCUCUUUGAGGACUUGUGUUAAAGAUUUAGAUUUGUAAAGGAGGCAUGUGGAUGUAUUGAGGCCCCUGCUUUUGCUUUUCAGGCAGAUUUUAAUAUUGCAGGGUUUUGUUUCCAGAAACAAAAAUGAAGUUACUCUUUUUUUAUUUUGACUUAAUUUCAUAAUAAAGAGAUUGAUAUCACACUAUGUAUUCCCUUAUUUCAUAUAAUUCCUUGAUAGUUGAAAGAUUGCGACGUUGGUCUGUUAUACAACGAAGGGAAUGACGAAGAAAUACAUUUUGUUAGACCAUUUUGUGUGUCUGUAUCUCGGCCCUGUAGUGGCCUGGUGGCCUGUUCAGGGUGUCUCCCCGCCUGCCGCCCAGUGACUGCCGGGUUAGGCUCCAGCGACCCUGAGCAGGAUAAGCGGUUUGGAUAAUGGAUGGAUGGAUGAAUGGCAUUGCAGUACGGUGCAGUGCUCAUAACUUCACUGAGGGGCCUGUACAGGUGUCAGGAAUUAGGGUGUGUGUGCACAUUGGUAGUAAAAGGUGUACAUUAAGUCAAUAUGUUAUACAAGCACAUACCGAACUGGCAUGUCCAUCAUUUGU